CCCAGGGGUGUUCCUCAGAUCACUGUAUGCUUUGACAUUGAUGCUAAUGGUAUCUUGAAUGUCUCUGCUGAGGACAAGACCACUAGUCAGAAGAACAAGAUCACCAUUACCAAUGACAAGGGAAGGUUGUCAAAGGAAGAGAUCGAGAAGAUGGUACAAGAGGCCGAAAAGUGCAAGGCUGAGGAUGAGGACCACAAGAAGAAAGUUGAGGCCAAGAAUGCAUUGGAAAACUAUGCCUACAACAUGAGGAACACCAUUAAGGAUGAGAAGAUCAGCUCCAAUCUUGGCCCAGAUGACCAGAAGAAGAUUGAAGCUGCCAUUGAGCAGGCAAUUCAGUGGUUGGAUGCGAACCAGCUUGCUGAGUCGGACGAGUUUGAGGACAAGAUGAAGGAGCUGGAAGGCAUCUGCAACCCCAUCAUUGCCAAGAUGUACCAGGGUGCCGGUGGUGCUGCUAUGGAUGAUGAUGAUGCUCCUCCUGCUGGUGGUAGUGGUGCUGGUCCCAAAAUUGAGGAAGUUGACUAAGCUCUUCAGUUUGCGUGAUGGCAGGUAUGUGUAGAAAAUAAGCGGAAUAGGUUGAAGUCCGGCGGACGGCUAAGGUGAGGUUGCCGCC